CUUCGUGUUGUGCAGCUCAUGGUUGUAUCGAUGUAAAAAAAUUCACAACUACUUUAGGUUUCGAUUUUGAGGCUUUCAGCAAAGUAACACAGCUCCCUAGCUGGUGAUCGGUUGUCUUGUGUGAUGGUGAUUUUUAAUCGCGGCAAAUUUCUGGCUAUUUGGCGCGGGUUUUCGUCCCCGCCGCAAUUUAAACUGUUCCCGCGAAAUGUUGACCAAUCAUAUGGCUUCACGAUUGUUCGUCAAUUUCCGCUUCUCGUCGUGGCUUUGUUUACUUUUAUUUCCGGUGACACGUGCUGGCCUUGCAUUUCCGCCCGGGAACGGCAGAUGGUCAACAAAAAUUAAUUUUAUGCGUUGUUUAUAUUGCACGUUUUAAAAGUCAUUUUUUUUCAUAAUAUGUUUGCUGAAUUGUAAUUACAUAGUCGGCGGGUGCUGAUAAACUAGAAAAUAUUGCAUAUCGACUUCGGAACAGUAUUUUUAUUCACAUUUUGGGCUUAGAUUCUAUAUCAAUCAAUACCAAAGUUUUCUGCAACCUAUUCUUCCGGGGGGGUUCGAGAGGCGUGAGAUUUUUUCUGUGGCAAGGGCAACAACAAUACAACAUGGCGACUGGAAAUGCGAUUUCAAAAUUUUCUCAUUUAUUUGGAAGGCGUUCUGCUGUGGUUAUAGGGAUGAUUCACGUCGAUGCUUUACCAGGUAUAACGAAGAGAUAACAUUUACUAAAAGUCAUUUUCUACUGUAAAAAUAUAAAAGUUCUGCAAGAAUUAAGAAUACACACGCGAAUACAAGUAUAUAAUUAUAGGCUACUGGCUAGGACGUAUUCCUCUGACAGCUAUUAUUACUGCAUGAUUUAUGAAGCAAUAAACGCGUGAUUAAAAUAAAAUCAUUCUUCAUUUCCAACAGAAAAUGACUUCGGUGUUCAAUUCUAAAGCUAUUAUGCGCCUCAGUGGCCGCAUGUCCCAUUAAUAACAAAUUGUUCUGGUGGUCAUAAAUUUUUGUGUGAUUUCUGAUCCUAAAUUUUUUAAGGGGAGCAUACAUAUACAUACCCUGGUUCCAGAGGUUUAAAAUAAACCUCUGGUUGAAAGCGGCAAUUGAUUCAUCGAGCCGCGCCAAUCAGUUUAAAUUAGGGUCAGAUCCUGACUCUGUCUCCUGAUUGGAUGAUUGUAUUCAAGCUCUCUGAUUGGUUAUGGAUGUUUUAUUUGAAUCAAUCAGAGAGCUUUAAUACAAUCAUCCAAUCAGGAGACAGAGUCAGGAUCUGACCUUAAUUCAAACUGAUUGGCGCGGCUCGAUGAAUCAAUUGCCGCUUUCAACCAGAGGUUUAUUUUUCCUCUCCCCUUCGCAAUGAAAAUAACAAAAAUAAACCUCUGGAACCAGGGUAACAUAUACAACAUUGAUUAUUAAUAAGGAGAAAAAACAAGAUUUUUACAAUUUUUGUGCUUGCAUAUUAUAGUGGAGCAUGCUCAGAUGUUAUGAUGAAAACUAAUAAUUUUUACAUUAUUAAAUUAUCAAUUAUUGUUUUCCUUUAUUAUGUGUGAAAAAAAUAUUGCUGUAUUAAUGUUAUUUAGCAGAGUACUACAAGAUGUAUAAAAAUGGAGUCCCUCCUGAUUCAAACAUAAAUUUCAAAAAAAUAUUAUUAAAGGUGAUCUACAGUCCGUAUGUAAACAAAGCCUUUGUUUACAUUUUUGUGUCCAAAAUAUUGAGCUUUAUUUGACAAUUAUUUAUAUUUUCAAGCUUCUAGAGUAUAAUAAAUGAUCAAGAAACAACAAUCAGGCUUUUCAAGAACUCAAAACAUAGUUAAACUGUUUGUAUCAUAAAAAGUGGGCUCAUUUGUGCACAUGCGCAGAUCGGACUGUAGAUCACCUUUAAAAGCAAAGCAUUUAAAAUUUUAUAAUUCAUUUUAUAAAUUUUCAUUUUAAAUUUUAAAUUUUAAAUGCAUCUUUUCAACAGUGGGCUACUUUUGAAAUUGGAAUGAUUGGUUUCCAAAAAAGAUCCACACUCCCUCUACAGAGAAAAUUUUGUUUCUGAUAACAGUUAGUGUAUUAGGAUAUCCAAGGGGGAUAGAGGGGUUAGCUUUCAAUUUCUUCUAUAGGGUAGGUAUGGAUGUUUUCUGGAAUGACCCAAUGUUAAUUAAAUAAUAAAACAAGAAAUUGGCCAUUUCUGUAUAGGAACUCCAAAACACAGCCAGUCUGUAAGUGACAUCAUUGCUAAAGCAUGCCAAGAAGCUUCAAUUUACAAACAAGCUGCUGUGGUAGGAUAUUAUUUGAUGUUGUUUUCAUUAUGAUUAGCAGAGAUUUUAACAAUAUUUUCUUGUACCCCACAUUUUCUUGUACAUCUUUUGAUCUCUUCAUUCCAUAAUGUCUCAAUCUAACUGGCCUUUGUCUCUUGGUAUAUGUGGUUCUCAGCCUCACUUUGCUCACCUUCUCUGCAAUGUCUACCACCCACACCUUCUGAUCUCUUCAUUCCAUAAUGUCUCCAACUGGCUUUCCUUUGUCUCUUUGUAUAUGUAGUUCUUAGCCUUGCUUUGCUCUCCUUCUCUGCAAUGUCUACCACCCACACCUUCUGAUCUCUUCAUUCCAUAAUGUCUCCAACUGGCUUUCCUUUGUCUCUUUGUAUAUGUAGUUCUUAGCCUUGCUUUGCUCUCCUUCUCUGCCAUGUCUACCACCCACAUAUCUUCUCAUCUCUUCAUUCCAUAAUGUCUCCAACAACUGGCUUUCCUUUGUCUCUUUGUAUAUUUCUAGACCAUCUCAGUCUUAUGCCUUCGUUCACCUUCUCUGCAAUGUCUACGACCCACAUCUUCUGAUCUCUUCAUUCCAUAAUGUCUCCAACUGGCUUUCCUUUGUCUCUUUGUAUAUAUAGUUCUUAGCCUUGCUUUGCUCUCCUUCUCUGCCAUGUCUACCACCCACAUAUCUUCUCAUCUCUUCAUUCUAUAAUGUCUCCAACAACUGGCUUUCCUUUGUCUCUUUGUAUAUUUCUAGACCAUCUCAGUCUUAUGCCUUCGUUCACCUUCUCUGCAAUGUCUACGACCCACAUCUUCUGAUCUCUUCAUUCCAUAAUGUCUCCAACUGGCUUUCCUUUGUCUCUUUGUAUAUAUAGUUCUUAGCCUUGCUUUGCUCUCCUUCUCUGCCAUGUCUACCACCCACAUAUCUUCUCAUCUCUUCAUUCUAUAAUGUCUCCAACAACUGGCUUUCCUUUGUCUCUUUGUAUAUUUCUAGACCAUCUCAGUCUUAUGCCUUCGUUCACCUUCUCUGCAAUGUCUACGACCCACAUCUUCUGAUCUCUUCAUUCCAUAAUGUCUCCAACUGGCUUUCCUUUGUCUCUUUGUAUAUAUAGUUCUUAGCCUUGCUUUGCUCUCCUUCUCUGCCAUGUCUACCACCCACAUAUCUUCUCAUCUCUUCAUUCUAUAAUGUCUCCAACAACUGGCUUUCCUUUGUCUCUUUGUAUAUUUCUAGACCAUCUCAGUCUUAUGCCUUCGUUCACCUUCUCUGCAAUGUCUACGACCCACACCGUCUGAUCUCUUCAUUCCAUAAUGUCUCCAACUGGCUUUCCUUUGUCUCUUUGUAUAUGUGGUUCUCAGCCUCACUUUGCUCACCUUCUCUGCCAUGUCUACCAACCACAUCUUCUGAUCUCUUCAUUCCAUAAUGUCUCCAACUGGCUUUCCUUUGUCUCUUUGUAUAUGUCUAGACCAUCUCAGCCUCAUGCCUUCGUUCACCUUCUCUGCAUUGUCUACCACCUCACAUCUUCAUUCCUUAUCUUGCCCUUCAGAUAAAGCCCUCGGAUCCAUCUCGACAUUCCUAUCUCCGUCCUUAUGAGGUCCUCUUUUCUACUGCAUUUCAACCUUGUGGUAUAUCUAUUAUCCAAAUCUCUCACAUACAUACAAGUCAUGCAAUUCUAUCAUAUAACUCUCCAUAAUGCUGUAUAUACUUAUUGAUCAGUAGGAUGGCAUUAUGAUAGAAAACAUGCAUGAUACUCCAUACCUCAAUCAAAACGUUGGUCCAGAAAUCACGGCCACGAUGACGGCCGUUUGUUACGAAGUAAAACGAACAGUUCCAAACAUUCCCUGUGGUGUACAAAUACUAGCAAGCGCCAAUAAACAAGCAUUGGCCGUUGCGAAAGCGUCUGGCCUGGAUUUCAUUCGUGCAGAAGGUUUCGUGUUCUCGCAUGUGGCAGAUGAAGGCCUCAUGAAUUCGUGUGCUGGAGAACUGUUGAGAUAUAGAAAAAGCAUUUGUGCUGAGAAUGUGUUGGUUUUUACUGAUAUCAAGAAAAAACACAGGUUAGAAUGAAGAAACAAGUUGUUUUAUCCUACAGACGUAAUAACACACAAGUCGAUACAGGCCUGAUAUUAAAACCCCAGUCAAACAAGAAUUGAUGGGAGUUGGCGCCAAGUCACGCAUUGUUACGGGACAGUUUAAGUUCUAGAUUAACAAAAAAGGAAAAGCAUUAAGUUCCAACUCUCGCUUGACUUUGACCUCUCAUCGCGGCUCUCGUCAACUUUGAACUGGUUCAAAUUUUGGUGGGAGGUGAAGAGAGGUUUUGCUGCGCGCGGUAAUAUCCAGUCAACUCUCAUGCAACUCUUGUUCUCGUUUGACUGGGGCAUGAGAGUUGAGAAAAGUCUCAUGCGUUUGCAUCUCGCUUGCCAACUCUCAUCAACUCUAAUCCUCGUUUUACCAGAGCUUAUUUGGUCUAUUAAAUAUUGAGGAAUUUACUCAGAGGUAAUUUAAUGUAUGGGGAAAUGUUUCUGACAAAUGUUUAUUGGUUUGGACACCUUCAGGAAACAUCGGUCGGAAACAAUGUUAUCAUACCGUCUCACCGCAACUAAAGCGCCGGCCGCGGCGGAACAUAACAGUUUUGAAAGUUCGCGACAGACACUCAAUUUGAAAUAUAUAAAAGAAUUCUUCUCGACGUUUCGAAGAAUUUUUAUUUUUCAUGAAUUUAAACAAGCUGUUCGAAAGCCGGUUAGCUUAUUCCUACUCCAUCUUCAAAUCAAAUUUUCCAACAGUUUGUUUAUGAACUUGGACAUAUUUUGUCUAGAUCAACAAGUUUUAUUUUGUAACGCUUUAAGAUAAACGGACGUUCAGAAAUUCACAAACUGAAACAGCGGGUGCUUUGAACAACCGGUUCGAGUUGUAUAUUUUUGUAGCAUUGUUUCAUAGUUUGUCUGGUGAUCCAAUACUUAGCAAAAAUUACUUCCAUGUAAAUUCAACCACAAGUCAGAUACGGCAAACAAGUUGAUACAAGAAUUGUUCUAUCAGGAUGUGGUCGAACUGCUUGUUCGCAGUUGUUUUGACAAGUCUGAAAUAAGUUGUUAUCACCUUGUUACACGGUUGAUGGCGGUAACAGGCUUGUUGCAUAUUGUUUCAACAAGACUAAUACAGGCUGUUCUUUAGAAGUUGCUAUACGAGCCCGUGGUCAUUAGCUUGUGAGUUGUAACAACCUGUUACGUGCAGACUUGUUACGUGUUGUUGUAACAACUUCUUGGGAGUAUGUUGGCCUCAUCAACCUUGUUACAGGAUGAAAACAACUUGUUCCAAACUUGUCAACAACUGGGGACAAGCAGUGCAAACUCAUCUUGUUGACAAACCGUGAGAUUUUUACGCGUGUGUAUAUCAAAGCUUUCCGUUUUUCCAUUCUCAGUUCCCAUGCUAUUACAUCUGAUGUGAAUUUGCUCGAAACCGCCAAAGCUGCAGAAUUUUUUCUUUCCGAUGGCGUCAUCAUUACUGGAACGGCAACAGGAGACCCUGCAAACCACCACGACAUGCUUGAGGUGAAGAAAUCCGUGGAUUUGCCAGUUCUCAUUGGGUCUGGAGUCACUUCAGAGAAUGUGAACCAGUACAUCCAGGCUUCGGGAUUAAUCAUUGGGUCUUAUUUUAAGGAAGGCGGUCAUUGGAGUGGGCCAGUGGAUUUAUCUAGGGUGAAAUCUUUUAUGGCCAAAAUUGAAAGGUUAAGAGUUUAAAUAUUAGUGGAUUUCAGGUUCAGCAGUAUAUAUUCACAAUUGUGGACAUCUGUAAGAGCAAGAAAACUAACUUUCUCUCCUAUAUUUGUUACCAUCAAAUAAAUACAGAAUAGUUGACAGCAAUCUGCUACAUGAGUGCAUUACUCCAUUCUAAAUGUAAAUGUAAUUAAUUUAGUCUUAGUUUUAGGUAGGUAUAACUACAGAGAGGUUCAGAUUUGAUUUCCGUUACCGCUAACCUUGAGGACCAUUAACCAAUCAGAUGCAUUUGAUAUAUCCGAUUAACCAAUCAGAUGCAUUUGAUAUAUCCGAUUAACCAGUCAGAUAGGUACUAUUAAAGCCAGUGAGAGGUAGUGGUAGCGAAAUCUGAACCUCUCUGUUGGUAUGAUGAGUACAAAAUCGAAAAUUAUAUUAAUGCAGUUGUUAAUUUGUAUCCUUAUUUAUAUAAGACGGGAAAUAUCACAAGGUCAUGAUAGGGUGAUUUCGUGUGAUACGACGCAAAAAAAACAUGUGACCGGUUAACGACAACAUUCGCCGCGAAAAGUUAAAACUUUUCUCCGGUGGAGGACGUAGAAUAGAAGUUUCUAUUCAUGUUAGUGCCUGAUCCCCUGCUGCAAAAACAGUCUGGUUACCUCAAGCUGCGAGAUUGGCUGCGAAGAGCAACUUAGCAUGAGUCUGGGGGUGAGGAUGUGUCUAUAGUACCUGAAAAUCAACCUCGUAACCAGGGAUCAAUUUGAAAAAUCAAAAUCACUUUGACGUUUCGAGUGAACGCUAUUCAUUGGGAGGGCACGAAUCGAAGUUUUUUAAUCUUGUAUUGGGCGGUUCAGAUACAAAUUGAGUUCUGGUAGAAUACUACCUCUACUCCACUGCCCCCA